CAGCAAGAAAGCAAACACGCUUCAGUCGAUGGGAAGCGCAGAACUUUUUUGGGCGAAGUCUUUAAAUUGAAAAAUAGGUAUAGUAUGGCAUCUUCAGUGUGAUUUUAUUGAUAAAAAAAUCUAAAAUGAUUCGUGUUUAAAAUUAUAAUCUUAUUCUGUGUUAUUUGAGAGUAUGACGAUAUUUUCCCACAUCAAAUGCGAUGUUAUUGGCUCCUGUUUUGUGUGAUAGAGAUUUUAACCUGGUCUCCAAAGCACCUGUCUGACCCAUGUUUUGACUGCCGAACGGUUUCUGAGUCUGAACAUCCCAAGGAUGGAACCGAUCUAGAACAGUGGUGUUUCCCCUAGAAUAACGUAAAUAUAGCUAUUAUCAUUAAAUACCACAUUUUUUUAUUAAAGUGAGAUGUUUUCAAUUUCAUCAGAUGCGCAUUUUUUUUAUUAGGCAAGUCAGUUAAAGAACAAAUUAAUAUUUUCAAUAACGGUCUAGAAACAGUGGGUUUAACAGCCUUGUUCAGGGGAAGAACGACAGAUUUGUCAACUCGGGGAUUCGAUCUUACAACCUUUCUGGUUUCUAGUACAACGUCCUAACCACUAGGCUACCUGCCGCCCAAUGCAAUGCUUGUGCAUUAAUAGCCUUAUAGUGCAUCGAGAAAAACGGAACUCACAAUUCUAUUGGAAACACAGCUCGUGGAAUUACACUCAAGAAUGUCACACAGCUCCUACACCAGGAUGUGGGUCCAGGCCCAUGGAGCCUUGGAGGACCUCCUGGUGGAUGAGCACCCUCCCACUGCCCCUCGGCCGCUGAAGGACCGGCUGCAAGUCUUCCAGGGCCUGGCCACCUUCUACCUGAAGUACCUGCAGAUCUUCCGCAGCCUGGAGGCUGUCUAUGACCAGAUAGUUCACCCCCAGAAGAGACGCAUGGUCAGGCACGUGUUGGACGGCGUGAUGGGUAGAAUCCUGGAGCUCAAGAAUGAGAUGGUGGAGCUGGAGUUCUCAGAGUUCCACUACUUUGAUGAUGUGCUGCAGGACCUCAAGCUGACACCUGAGGACCUGGAGGUGCCCAUCCCUCAGUAUUUUGUGAGAGAGAAGAUGCGUGUGCUGCGGGACAGAGAGAAGAUGCUGGCUCAUGUCAUGGCUAAAGGGGGACACAUUGAACAGGUUGAGCAGGAGGUGUCGGUUCAGACCAUGUGUCUGGAGGAAGCUGUUCGGGUCCUUCAGGUUUGUGAGCGGGCACGGCAGGGUCGGCUCAGGCAUCGCUUCAUGAAGGAGAUACGGCAGGCUGAGGAAGAAGGGAGCCAGGCCAAGAGCCAAACACCCAUCAGCACCCUGGACCCCGACCAGGCUGCCACAUGCAUUCAGAAGGUUUGGCGGGGCUACAGUCAGAGGAAGAGGACCAGGAGAGAACGGCUGGAGGAGAUGAUAUUUCUGGGAAUGGUCCCUCCAGAGCAGCAGCAGCAGAGGCCCAGCGUGGCCCAGCUGAAGGCCCAGCAGGUGGAGACGACUCGCAGGCUGGUCCAGGAGGAGAAUGAGGCUGAGUACCAGAGGGCCCUGGUCAGCAUCAAGGAGUCUGUGCAUGCCGUGGACGGCCCUGAUCUACGGGAAACCCUGCAGGAGCAGAUCAGACAGUGGUUUAUCGAGUGCCGGUGAGACAGGCAGGCAACGGGGAAGUCUGUCUUCUUUCACGGUAGCUGUUUCUUUUCUGUGUUAUCUUCUCUCUCUGCUCAAACUAACUCCUGCCUCUUUCACUGCCAUGUCUCUGAGGUUAUCACACCCAUAGACUCUUCCUGGCUCCUGCCAAACCCUUCACCACCAGUAUGUAUCUAUCCCUGUUCGUGUCAUGAAGAGGAGGUUGGAAUGGAAAAGGGGAGAGGGAGGACAAGAGCAAAAACAGAGUGUUAUUGUGAGGCCUAAUGGCUGUUAGGUGCAGGAUAUGUCUUCCCCUCUAUGUGUGUGUGUCAGGAUAUGGCCGGAGGAAUGGAGUCACAGUCAGUGGCUAUGUGUGUCUUCCCUCUGUGUGUGUCUUCCCUCUAUGUGUGUCUUCCCUCUGUGUGUGUCUUCCCUC